ACCGGGGAGGGAGAGGGACCCACCCCUCACAUAUGCACUAAGUAGACCGGCGUUCAUGCUUUUCGUCUACGUUGGUGCCCACGACCACCCGUUUCUUCUUCUUCUUCUUCCUGCCGGUGUCUAUGCUCACUUCUUAUAUAUACAGGCUUAAACAUGGUUCAUCUCACCACGUUUAUAAUUAUAUAUACAGUUCAAUUAAAUAGUAUAUUAAGAGUUCUGGUUCAAUGGCGAGGUUCAUCAUGUACAUCUUAUUUUUCGUAAUCAUCAAUGCGGUGGCUUUAAUGCAAUUCACGGCGGCUCAAACGGUGCAUGUUGUCGGGGAUGACUUGGGAUGGAUCGUUCCGCAGAACGGUGCCACCGCAUACAGCAAUUGGGCGGCUAGUAAGAGGUUCUUGGUUGGAGAUAUCUUAGUGUUCAACUUCACAACAAAUGAGCAUGAUGUACUACAAGUCCCCAAGGCAUCUUUCGACGAGUGCAGCGACGACAACCCUAUCGGAAACAUGCUCAUCAACGGUCCAGCCAACGUUACCCUCAACUCCACUGGCAAGCAAUAUUACAUUUGCACAAUUGGGCGGCACUGUGAACUCGGCCAAAGAUUAGCCAUUACCGUCUCCGCCACUUCCAGCUCUCCUUUGCCAGCACCUUCACCUACUACUCCUACAACCCCUUCUCCUACUUCCAAUGAUUGUACACCGGCUCCGACAUCCGGUCCAACAGCUGGCUCGAUACCUGCUCCCGAUGCCACUCCUAAUUCUUCAUCUUCAUUAUCUGCUCUUGCCACUCUGUUGCUGUCCAUGUUCCCCAUUUUCAUGGGUUUAAUUUUCUGAUCUAUAUUGAGGAUCGAGGAUACCAAUCUUCUUACACUUCACACUUCACACUUCACACUUCACACUUCAUGAUUAAUUAUUUUUCUCUACUGAGCUACCAUUGAAUAAAGUUGCAAUUUCAUAUGAAAAUUUUGUACUUU